AUGAUCGUGUACUCACUCCUCCUGGGCCUGCUGGCCCUGUACAUCGUUGGUUAUGUUCGGCGCUUAGUUACGUAUACACGUCGCAUUCGACCGCUCAAGCUGCCAUACGUGGUGGCUUUGUUCUCCGACUCUGAUCUCCCCGUGAUCAUCCUGUACGGAUCGCGAUCGGUUCGAUAUGCCAUCAAAAACUGGCUGCCCGGGUGGUUAUCCGACCAGCUGAGCGAGGCGAAAAUCAUCAGCCGCUGGUCGGUCAAGGAUCGUAUGGCGAGGAGGCUGGGCGGUGUGUUCUUCAGAGUCACCCCUAAAGGCCCUGUCUGCAAUGUCUCCGAUGCGUCGGUUGCUUCUCAGAUUUUUGGUAAUCGGGGGGAGUUUCCUAAGCCGACGCAGCAGUAUGAUCUUUUGGAGUUGUACGGUCCGAACAUCGUCACGGUCGAGGGCAAAGAGUGGCAGCAUCACCGCCGCCACACGGCCACCACAUUCAAUGAAAAGAACAACGCGCUGGUGUGGAAAGAGGCGAUUCAUCAAACCACUCAAAUGAUCGAACAUUGGCAGGAGACGUCACCAACUGCGACCGAGACAGACUUCCUGGUCGAGAGAACCAGAGAAGAUGGCCUCAAGCUGACCUUGAAUAUCCUAUCGAGGGCGGGUUUCGGAGUCCCAAUUCCUUUCAAACCGGUGCAACAAGGCCAGGACAGCGACCCGGAGGAUAUCUUCAAAGAUUCAAGUACUCCGCCAGCAGGUUUCGACUACACGUUCAGCGCCGCAAUAGCGUAUGUGAGUAUAAAAAUCAUCACGGUCAUCCUGGCGUACAAGAUGAUUCCUCGACGGCUUCCACGACAGCUUGUUCCGUCGUUUGUCCGAGAGAAGCUAGCAGCGUACCGGGACCUCGACGCGUACUUGCAUAAGCUGGUUGCUAAGUCGAAAGCUGUCGUGCAACAUGCAGACGAGAACGCGGGAAAUCUGGUCCACGGCAUGCUCCUAUCUCAGAUGCGCGGGGAUCAGGAGGGGGGCGAUAAAGGUCUGACCGAUCUGGAAAUCAUGGGCAAUAUGUUCAUCUUCGCGAUCGCUGGACAUGAAACGACCGCGACGACCUUCAGAUACGCACUUCUGCUCUUGGCGCUCCAUCAGGACGUCCAGGACUGGCUUUAUGAAGGUGUCGUGGAAGCUACGCGUGACGAGCCCGUUGAGGUCAGCGAAUGGGAUUAUGACCGCUUGUUCCCUAAACUUAUCACUCCAUUAUGCGUUAUGCUGGAAACUCUCCGUCUUUACCCCCCUGUCAUAACCAUCCCCAAAUGGACCGGCUACUCACCCAGCACCAUCACCUACCGCGAACAAGACUACAUCCUACCCCCCAAAACCAACAUCAACAUCAACGUCAACGUCCUCCACUUAUCUGAAGAGUACUGGGGGCCCGAUGCCGAGCACUUCCACCCCCAACGAUGGGACGCAUCGAACAAGGAAAGUUUCCUGGCCAAGAACGCCGACACGCCGGGUCUGGUCGCUGCUGGCUUAGAGUUCUCGACUAUCCAUCGACCUGUUCGCGGCGCGUACGCCCCAUUCAGCGACGGCGUGAGGGCCUGUCUGGGGAAGAAAUUCGCCCAGGUGGAGUUUGUGGUCGCGCUGGCUGUGAUUGUCAAGCAGUUUCGGGUGGAGCUGGCGGAGGGCAGUGUGGAGUCUCGGAAGAAUGCCGAGAGGGUGUUGGAAGGGGGGAUUUCGGUUUUGACGUUGGGGAUGGAGGAGAAUGUUCCGCUGCGGUUUCGUAGGAGGUAG